AUGAAUUCUACUCGUAAUAUCAUUUCAUUAGUUCGUCGUUAUUCAACUUCAAGAAGUGUUAAAAUCGCUUCACAUGGUUCACCAUCAACUGCUUUAAAGAUUGAAAAUGAAAAUAUUACAGAUAAAAUUUCAAAUAAAGAUGUUUUAGUUGAAAUGUUACAUGCACCAAUUAAUCCAGCAGAUUUAAAUAUUAUUCAAGGUACUUAUGGUACAAAUGUUCAAGUUGGAGGUGUAGCAGGUAUGGAAGGUGUUGGUGUUGUUAAAAAGGUUGGUAGUGGUGUUACAGGAUUAAAAGAGAAUGAUUUAGUAGUACCAUCAAUGAAACAACACUUUGGAUCAUGGAGAAGUAAAGGUGUUUGGAGUGAACAACAAUUAUUUAAAGUACCAUCAGACAUUCCAACCGAAUACUUAUCCACCAUUUCAAUCAAUCCAACCACUGCCUAUUUGUUAUUGAACGAUUUCGUAAAGUUACAACAAGGCGAUGUCAUCAUUCAAAACGCAUCCAACUCAAUGGUUGGUUUGUCAGUCAUUCAAUUGGCAAAGGCACGUGGUAUCAAAACCAUCAAUGUCAUUCGUGACGGUUCAGAAUUCGAAGACAACGUCCAACGUCUCAAGCAGUUGGGUGGCGACAUCGUCGUCUCUGAAGAGUACGUUCGUACACCAGCAUUCAGAAAAUUAAUCUCUGAUUUACCAUCACCAAAAUUGGCAUUAAACGCCGUCGGUGGUCAAUCCGCCACCGAGUUAUCAAGAAUCCUCGCUGACAAUGGUACCUUGGUCACUUAUGGUGGUAUGUCUCGUGAACCAGUCACCAUUCCAACCUCUCAAUUGAUCUUCCGUAACAUUCAAAUUCGUGGUUUUUGGUUAAAUAAAUGGUUUGAACAACAUACUGACUCUGAAAAACAAUCUGUCUAUGAUGCUAUCUUUGAUCUUAUCCGUAAGAAACAAUUUAAACUUUUAAUUGAAAAACAUAAAUUCUCUGAAUUUGAUCAAGCUUUAUUAAAAUCACAACAAUCUGGUCAUGGUAGAAAAAUUGUUUUAGAUUUACAAUUGUAA